UCUACUCAGCCCAAAAGUGUAGAGAGAAUGAGAAGACUGACGACGACAUAUCCUUUAACUUGGGUGAGGAAUAUCGUCGAACACUUUCACUGCAAAUCUUUCCCGAAACCAAUCUCAUCUCUUUCAAUCUCCCCAAACCGUCGCAAACCCGAAUCUCCGGAACCUGCUUCGACGCAAGAUCUGUAUUCACUACUCAAGCAAGAUCCCGUCGAUAUCUGUCUCUCCCUUUGGGUCAAAUCAUUCUCGUCUCCUCCUUCUGCUACUUUCUCGAACCUCACUGGGUUUCUCUCCAAAUUCGAUUUAUGGAUCUUAGCAUAUCAACGCACUUGUGCUCACGUCACCGGAACUUUCCCGCCGCGCAAUGCCAUUCACGCCAACGCUCUCCGCUCGCUUCUCUCCCUCCAGAACGCCGUCACGCGUUCCGGUGGCAAAUUCCGGUGGAACGAUAAGAUGAAUCAGCACGUGAGGAGUCCUAGCGAUAAGUUCUCGACGAAUGGUGUAGAGGGUAUGUCGAAAGGGAAGGUGAAGAGGAUGAUUGAGUCUGAAGAACCGAUUUUUCAGGAUCGGGUGGUUCAUGAGGUUUUGUUGAUGGUUCUUGAGCCUUUCUUUGAAGCUAGGUUUUCGAGUAAGUCUCAUGGGUUUAGACCAGGUAGAAAUCCACAUACUGUGAUUAGAACUAUUAGAAGUAAUUUUGCUGGGUACUUGUGGUUUAUGAAGGGUGAUGUUAGUGAACUGUUGGACCAUGUGGAUGUAGAUGUAGUGAUGAAUUGUAUGGAAAAGGUUGUUAAGGAUAGGAAAGUUCUUGGCUUGAUUGAAUCUUCUUUGAGAUUACCUGAUAAGAGAGUGUUAAAGCGAGUUGUUGAGAGAAAUGGCAAUGAUAAUGGAUUGGGGACGAAGAGGAGGAUCGAACGUGAAAAGAGAAACAAGACGAAGAAGAAGAUUUUGAGUGAGGAUGAGCCUAAACCGGAUCCUUAUUGGCUUAGGACUUUCUACAGUUUUGCUCCUAAGGAAGCUGCUAAAGUGCCUUCUUAUGGUUACUGUGGCGUAUUGAGUCCUUUGCUUGCUAAUGUAUGUCUUAAUGAGCUGGAUCGCUUUAUGGAAACGAAGAUAGUUGAGUUUUUUAGACCUUGUAAAGAUGAUUCAAUAUGGAAGGAGUCUAUUGAAGAUGGUUGUCAUAAUCCAGCAUGGCCGGAGUUUGUUCCGUCAAGUGGGAAGGAGAAAACUAGGAAAAUGGAUUACAUUAGGUAUGGGGGCCAUUUUCUGAUUGGCGUUAGAGGGCCUAGAGAGGAGGCAGUAAAGAUUCGGAAGGAAAUCAUUGAGUUUUGUGAUAAGGUUUUUGGUUUGAGAUUGGAUAAUUCAAAGUUAGAGAUUGAACAUAUAAGCAGGGGUAUUCAGUUUCUUGACCACAUAAUUUGCCGAAGAGUUAUAUACCCUACCCUCCGUUACACAGGAAGUGGAGGCAGCAUUGUGAGUAAAAAGGGUGUGGGAACGUUGCUAUCUGUGUCUGCUAGUUUAGAACAAUGUAUCCGCCAGUUUAGACGGCUUGCGUUUGUUAAAGGUGAUAAAGAUCCUGAGCCUUUACCGUGUAACCCAAUGCUGUAUUCAAGCCAGUCACAUAGUAACUCUCAGAUGAAUAAGUUUCUUGAAACGAUGGCUGAUUGGUAUAAAUAUGCUGACAAUCGCAAGAAGGCUGUUGGGUUCUGUGCUUAUGUAAUAAGAAGCUCCUUGGCUAAACUAUACGCUGCAAGGUAUAGACUUAAAUCUCGUGCCAAAGUGUACAGCAUUGCCUCACGGGAUCUUAGCCAUCCAUUAAGUGAGAGUAGUAAUAAUUCUGCACCUGAAUACUCUGAUCUUCUGAGGAUGGGGCUUGUCGAUGCUAUAGAAGGAGUUCAAUUCUCUCGCAUGUCUUUGAUUCCGUCAUGUGAUUAUACUCCAUUCCCUAGGAAUUGGAUCCCAAAUCAUGAGCAACUUUUGCAGGAGUACAUCAGGCUACAAGACCCUAAAUUCUUCUGUGAGUUGCAUAGGUCAAUAAAACGCGAAGGUCUAACCUUGCCUCAGGAUGAAAUCUCAGAGGUUGUGUGGGAUUUCAAGACUCUUGGUGCUUGGAGAUCAAAGGAUGGAAGUAAAAGAGAACCAGAUGGUGGGUUGGAGACAUUAGACUCACCAACUUAAUUAUAUACAAUUGCCUCCUUCUUUUGUGGCUUUGGUUUAAGGAUCUUGAUACACCAGAGAGACUGAGAGCUUUAGCGGGCAGUUUCAUUUUUGGUCCCCUUCUUUGCAAGAGGCCCUGAUUAUGGAUUUGGCUUCGUUACCCAGAAUUGACAAAGCAUUGAACAUGGCCGGUGGAAUUAGCAAAGGUGAUCUUCUCAGGAUCUUUCUCUCUGAUGAAGAUAUCAUUCACAGGAACCCAGAUCAUGAGCUCCUUGCUUUUGACUCCGGUAAGUCUCCUCAUACGACCGUCCUCAACAAACGCAGUUAUCUCCGUGUCAUAUGACACCCUGCGACCUAUUGCACGGAAUGUAUGGUCAAUCUUGCUUUUCAUCCUCAUCCACACAAACCCUUUCGUUUUGUUGUACCCAACUUCUGUCAUAUCCUUGAGUGGCAACAAUCCCGUGGGAAGCUUGAUGAGAGCAAGAAGCUCCUUGGCUUUAUCUAGACAAAGAGACUGGUCACUAUAGCUCUCUAUGUCAUCACUCUCAUCUAUUAUCAUCUCUCUUAACGCCAUAAUAGAUGAUAAAUCACUUUGUUUUUAUUGUCGAAUACUUCUACUCAAGACUUUUGGUUUCUUCACUAUAUACAGUCGUAUAGUAGGGUUUCUAAUGGGACAUAUGAUGUAUUUGAGUACGUAAAAUGGAACAUGAAAAAGGUGUGUGAUGAGCAUUUUCAGGCCCCAUAUUUGGAUGCAUCAUAACCUUGUGAUUAAUUAUAGAGGCAGAAUCAGCUAUGCCAUAAUUAAAGGAAUUGUAAUUUUAUCAUA